UAAUUGCUUUGUAUCGCUGGCGGCUCAUCGAGAAACGCUGCUCUACUGGCAUAGUCUCAGCGUGAUCUCCAGGACCCCGGGUCAGGUGAUGUGAGUCACGGUAGUCAACGACUCCGUCGGUUUGUAAAUAAAUAAUUGCGAUGAUUGUGAUCCCCAAUGUGGGUGUCGAUGACGCCGCCCCAGGGCGGAGACGCUGGGUGCGGAGAACGGGGUGGCCCGCCCUCCUGCUACUCUCAGUGCUCAUUUACGGCUCCCACACGCCCCUUAUCGCACUCAGCAAGGUGAGUGGGCGGGUCCCCUUUAGCUCCUCCUCCUACGUGCUGCUCAUCGAGCUGGCCAAGAUGCUCGUCUCGCUGGUCCUACUGGUGGCGCGCGACCUGGCUGCAGUUCCCUACGCCUCGUUAUCCUGGGCCUCGGCUGCCCCUUACGCCCUGCCAGCCGCCCUCUACGCCAUCAACAAUAACCUGGUGGUACUUAUGCAGGCCCACAUGGACCCAAGCACCUUCCAGGUCCUCAGCAACCUGAAGAUUGCCUUCACCGCCCUGCUGUACUGUGUCUGCUUGAGGAAGAGGUUACAGCCCACCCAGUGGCUGGCUCUCAGCCUGCUCAUGGGGGCCGGGGUGUGCCACAGCUAUAAUAACCUUGAGCUGGAAGCAGCAAGUGAAGAAGGCGUCAGCAAGGUUAACCUCCACAUUUCUGCCUGGGGCCUACUGCUGGUGCUCAGCUACUGCCUGAUCUCAGGCCUGGCAGCCGUUUAUACUGAACUUAUUCUGAAGACCCAGAAGCUGCCCCUUAGCCUGCAGAAUCUCUUCCUGUAUAUUUUUGGGGUAGUGUUGAAUGGUGUGGCACACCUUUCGGGGGCUGGGGGGCAGCUGGGCUUCUUGGAGGGGUACUCGCUGACCGUGUGGACCAUCGUGGCCGGCCAGGCGGCCAACGGCCUGCUGAUGUCUGUGGUGAUGAAGCAUGGGAGCAGCAUCACUCGCCUAUUUGUCAUUUCUUGCUCCAUGCUGGUGAACGCCGCCCUCUCCUGGGCACUGCUGGGACUGCAGCUCACACCUCUCUUCGCAUUGGCCGCACUGAUGAUUGGACUUGCCAUUCACCUGUACUACAGCGUUUAAUCAUCUCGUCAUAGCAGAAGCCUCGUUUCCUCAGAUGCAGUCACCGUUUAGAUGGUUUCGCUGGACUGACUCGCUCUUUGUCAGCAAAAUUUAAUAGCUGUUCCCACAAGUCACAACAAACCAUUGAAACUGCAUUCAAACCAUUCAGAGAUUAUUAAGCGAGGGGGAAAAAAUAGCUGCCUUUUCCAGAAAGAGUCAUGAAAAAUGAGUUUGACUUUCAGCUUUGCAUAUUUCAGUAUGUGAAGCAAGCGAGCAGCUUGAUGCUGGAAACUCCCGCAUGACUUUCCAGCUCCUGCAAUCUGCUACGUGUCUGUUAUCCGCGUGAAAUUCGCUACCUCCUUUUGCCUUUGUAAUCACGCUGAAGGCUCAUUUGUCUUUGUAUACAGUAUCCUUCGCCAUGUAAUGGGUUUAGUUAUUGAGAACAGUAUGACCCUCUGUUUUCUAACAUUGCUCUGUCUUUUUAUAAAAUCGUUUUUUGACUUGGUUGAUGCCGUUUUUUGAUACGAUUUAAUUUGUCUGGUUGAAUUACACGCACAUUUACUGUUUCAGUCAAUGCCAAGAAGUGUGUUGAAUAUUUCAUGUGGGUGUAGGGGAAGAAUGUUAAAAUUCUUUAAUAUUUAUAAUGUAUUAAGACAAAGUCAUAGUAAAUUAAAAAAAAGACUCACAGAAGACGUAAU